AUGACCGUAAAAUUACUCCCUUUCGUGGAUCAGGACCGCGAGGAGGAUACCGCGGAGGCCGACGAGGACAUCAAGGGGCCCGCCAGGGGAGAUGCUAUUGCCUUUGAAGGUGCAGAGGAAGAGCUAGACGAUAACGAGAGGAAUGAACUAGAUCAAACGCUUGCAGUUAUAACUAUUGAAAAUGAUGAGCACGAGGGAUUCUUAACGGAAAUCGGGCAGGUUAAUGGAAUCAGGACGAUAUCCAUCCUGAAUGACCAGUCAGUAUACCAUUUUUUCACUAAAAAUGAUAUCUUCUACCAGCGACAAGCCGACGGGCAGGCUAUAGAAGCAUUUACAUUCGAUAGCCGGUACUCAUCCGACACGUUCCAAGGCAUUAUGCCAGACACUGGAGCCUCUGGGGUUUCGUCUGCUGGUGAACCGCAAUUUAGGGCACUAUGCAGGCUAGACCCUAAAGUCAGUCUUGAUACUUCCCGGGCUGGGGAACAGAAGAUCAAAUUUGGCGAUGGAAAUCCAAAACUCUCCUUAGGGACUGCUGAAAUCGAUACCCCGAUUGGUACUAUCACCUUUUAUAUCCUCUCUACGAAUAUACCAUUCCUCUUUUGCCUAAAGGAUAUGGAUGCUAUAGGAGUAGAACUCCGAAACAAGAAAGACGUACUUGAACGAGGAGAUAAGAAAGUGCCUAUUAUACGUAAAUGGGGACACCCAUGGAUGUUACUGCACACUCUAGAGGAGAUAGCAGCAUGGAGCCAUCUUACUGAAUCAGAGUUACGACAACUCUAUCGACGUUUCGGACACCUAUCAGUGCGGAGAUUAACCCAAAUCCUCCAACGCGCUGGGCACGAGGUAGAUUCGCAGUGCCUUGACUACCUUACCAAAUUCUGCCACCAUUGCCAGAUGAAAGGCAAGUCCCCAGGAAGGUUCAAGUUUACCCUGAAGGAGAACUAUGAAUUCAACUACUCAGUUAUUAUUGACAUCCUGUACCUCGAAGGAAAACCCGUUUUGCAAGUUAUCGAUGCAGCUACAUCAUUUGGUGCUACAAGAUUUCUAAGAGAUAUGUUUGCACGCAAUGUUUAG